AUGAGCAAUGGCACGGGUGCAGACGAGGACUACAGCAGUAGGUCGACUUUGACGACAGCGGGAGACUACCCGUCAGCGACGCGUCCGGUCAGCGUAGCCAUCGACCCCGUGGCCCUGAUCAUUACAGAAUGUAUCACCGUCACAUCGGCCAUGCGCAAGCAUGCGCGCUGGGCCCAGUCAUCGGUAUCAGCAAUCCUCGGCGGCGGUGCUGCUAGACGCCCACCCUCCUCCCUCGGCUCUCUCAGUGUCGGCGACGACAGCGAUGGUGGACAACUGGCUACACGAUGGGGCCUUCGCGGCAAGAAGGGCAAGAGCAUACAGGACAACCCGCUACUAUCUGCCUUUGCACGUCUACGCAGUCAACUCAAGGGCUGCAGAGGUAUGUCAUACCGCCUCGCUCACGCCCUCCACGCAGCAAUUGACGUCUCUAUCUUACANGACAUCCGUACUGUCGACACACCCUCCAUUCUCCAACCUUUCUUGCAGGUCAUCCGUUCCUCGUCGACCACCGCGCCCAUCACCUCGCUGGCCUUGAUCGCAAUCACCAAGAUGCUCUCCUACAAUGUCAUCAGUCCAGGAAUGCCCAACUUCCCCUACGCCAUGAUGCUCUUGUCUUCGAGCGUGACAAACUGCCGCUUCGAGGGAGACAACACUGCAUCAGACGACGUCGUCUUUCUUCGUAUCCUCAAGCUGAUGGAGAUCAUCAUUACUGGCCCCUCAGGCGAAGUCCUUGGCGACCAAAGCGUCUGUGGCAUGAUGGAGUGUGGUAUUUCAAUAUGCUGUGCACUGCGUAUGAGUGAAGUACUACGUCGUUCGGCUGAGAUCACCAUGGUUACCAUGUGCCAGACCAUCUUCCAGAGACUGACCCACCUUGAAUCCUUGCCUGGAGAUGACAACCAGAACGAUCAAGACGACUUCAAGAUCGAGUCCAGCACUACUCAGAUUGGUUCGACUCCUGCCCAGGACACGCCUACUUCAGGGAGCCUAGAUGUGCCCCGUGGGGCCGGUGGUGAAAGACCCUCCGCAGAGUUCAGUGCCAGUCAGGUCGAUCUAACCAAGGCAACCGAAACCCAUGACAUUCCCGAGAUCAACCCAUAUGGCUUGCCCUCGAUCAGAGAACUUUUCCGCACUCUGGCCGAACUUCUUGAUCCUCACGACCGACAGUACACUGAUACCAUGCGAGUCAUGGCUUUGCGUAUUGUGAAUGUGGCUCUAGAAGUUGCAGGUCCUUCAAUAGCCUACCACCCAUCCCUAGCCUCACUGGCCAAGGAUACUCUGUGUCGCAAUCUUUUCCAGCUUGUGCGCUCUGAGAACAUCGCUCUCCUCCACGAAUCAUUACGUGUUGCCGGGACUCUGCUCGCAACUUGUCGCAGUGUACUACGACUUCAGCAAGAGCUCUAUCUCUCAUACAUUGUUGCAUGCUUGCAUCCUCGCGUGCCGAUUCCUGAUGAACCAAAUAUCAACCCUACUCUCUAUGAGGGUGUACCACAAGCUCCAAGACUUGUCAAACCAGCCGCAUCUGCUACGCAAAGUGGUCGAUCCACUCCGGUACCGGUGAAAGAUAGACAGAAGCUCGGCCUAGAGGGUGGUUCUCGGAAGCCUGACGCAAGAGAAGCUAUGGUGGAAAGCGUUGGGGCUCUAGUUAGAAUUCCCAGUUUUAUGGCUGAGCUAUUCGUGAACUACGAUUGCGAAAUUGACCGAAGCGAUCUAUGCUUGGAUAUGGUUGGCCUCCUCUCACGAAACGCAUUCCCGGAUUCCGCUACCUGGAGCACCACCAAUGUGCCACCACUCUGCUUGGAUUCACUGCUGGGAUAUGUGCAAUUCAUCGCCGACAGACUCGAUGAUGAGCCUGUGACUGAGGGUCUGCCUCGUUUGGAAGCACUUCGUGAACAGAGGAUCCGUAAACAGAUCAUCAUCCGCGGUGCCACUAAGUUUAACGAAAAUCCCAAGGCAGGUCUUGCUUAUCUGGCCUCUGAAGGGAUUAUUGAGAACACAGACGAUUUUAUGUCCAUCACACGCUUCCUUAAGGGAACGUCACGAAUCGACAAGAAAGUUCUGGGAGAGUUCAUAUCGAAAAGGUCGAACGAGGCUAUUCUUGAUGCCUUCCUCGAUCUUUUCGACUUCACUGGACAGCGUGUUGACGAGGCCUUGCGUCAAAUACUGAAUUCUUUCCGUCUCCCUGGUGAGUCACAGCUAAUUGAGAGAAUUGUCACAGUCUUCGCAGAGAAGUAUUGCGACAAGACUGAGCCUGAGGGUAUCGCGGAUAAGGACGCUGUCUACGUUCUGACAUAUGCAAUCAUCAUGCUCAAUACCGAUCAGCAUAACCCGAAUAUGAAACAAGCGCGAAUGGGGGUGACUGACUUUGCUCGCAAUCUGCGUGGUGUUAACGGAGGAAAAGACUUUGAACCAGAGUAUCUUCAAGGAAUCUAUGAUUCGAUCAGAACUCGGGAAAUUAUCUUACCAGAGGAACACGACAACAAGCACGCUUUUGAACAUGCCUGGAAGGAACUUCUGAUCAAGACUCAGACCGCGCAGGAUCUGGUCCUAUGCGAUACCAACAUCUACGAUGCAGAUAUGUUUGCAGCCACGUGGAAGCCCGUUGUUGCGACUCUCAACUAUGUCUUCAUGUCUGCCACUGAUGAUACCGUGUUCCAGAGAGUCAUUUCUGGCUUUGAUCAGUGCGCCCAGAUCGCGGCCAAACACGGGCUUCAUGAUUGUCUCGAUCAUAUCAUAGCUUCCCUUGCGCAAAUCAGCACGUUGGCCACAGAGACACCACCCAGCACUGCUCUCAACACUGAAGUACAAGCAAAUGGCAAGAGUAUCAUGGUAAGCAAGUUUGCUGUUGACUUCGGCCGAGAGAACAAAGCUCAGCUUGCUACACUCGUGCUGUUCCGCAUCAUUAAUGGCCACGAAGCCACGAUCCGAGAUGGCUGGAGCCACAUAACAGAUCAUNNUCGCAUCAUCCUCAACCUAUUUAUCAACUCUCUCAUCCCCAACACUCUGUCCGCAUUGACCUCCAAGCUUGAUCUUCCGGCUAUUCCACUUCAGAGCCCUGCUCAGGUCAUAGAACGGAACGACAAGUCGACUGACAUCGGCUUGUUCUCUGCUUUCACAUCCUACGUGUCAAGCGUGAUGAAUGACGAGCCGCCAGAGCCGAACGAUCAGGAGAUCGAGGCAACACUUUGCACUGUUGAUUCAGAACGCCGUUUGACCAUAAUAUAUGAUCAUGAGUUGACAUCUGCCUCUCCAGCNAAUAUGCCUCGUGAAUCUCUCGAGGCUUUCACACAAUCGCUCCUGUCAUACUUGCCACCAGACGAUGUUGAGAACUCGCCUAAAGUCAUUGUCGUGAAGCCACCAGUAGCUUCACCAACCCCUAUACGACCUGAUGGCCAGAAGCCGCAGCCUACUGCCCCAGAUUACGACCCGGCCCUUGUUUGCGUUCUUGAGCUUGCCACUGUGCUGUCAACGCGUGAUCAAGAUUCCAUGUCAUCAAUCGGCAAAGACGUCGCUCAGACAUUGAAAUCUGUUAUUCAUGAUGCGGAUGGCCUGCAUCCGGUAACGGUUGGUCGGGCGUCUUACUAUCUCUUGGAUCUGCUCAAAGCUAGUGAUGUUAGUAUUCUCAAUCACUAUCAUGCAUGUUUUCUGACCAGAAGCAGNGAUCACGAUUAUGUUCGCGCGCCAGUUGUGUUGCAUACAAUCUCGUCCUUCAACCAAGACCUUCUUCAGCGAUGCGGUCCAACUAUAUUGAAGGGAAUAUCCGGAUGUAUCAAAGGGCCUGCGAGUCUGCGAAAAGAGAUGGCAACAUCUCCAGACUUCUGGUCGGUACUUCACGCGCUUCAGCCAAAUCCAGAAGCUGCUCCGCUGGCCUUCCAUAUUACCGAGGACAUUGCGACAGGUUCGCCUCAAGCGAUCACUGCGGACAACUACGAGUCAGCUAUUGGUCUGUUGAAUACCUUUGCCACGGUUAGUGCCGUUCGUGAACAACGAAGAGAGCCAGCUGCAAGGCGAACCAAAUCAGCAGCACCUGAGAAGCGGCCGGCACCUGAUGAGGCUACCCUCCGCGGCGUCAGAGCGAUGGCGAUUGUAUCACAAAUGACUGGUCGCGUCCCUGCCUUUAUCGAAAAAUCUCAUCUGGAACCUGACGAGGCUUGGCAAGCAUACUGGCUUCCCAUUUUCAGAUGCUUCAUUGUGCAAUGUGUCAGCCCUUCUCGGGAGAUUCGUCAGCAAUCAUUCGCAUCUUUGCAACGGUGUUUGUUGUCCAACGAUCUUGCAUCUCCAGAACACAAGGAGUGGACAAACAUCUUCAGUCAGGUCGUAUUCCCCCUGGUUCAGGAACUACUCAAGCCGGAAGUGUACCAGAUAGAUCCUUCUGGUAUGGGUGACCUGCGUGUACAGACUGCACAACUUUUGUGCAAGAUCUUNCUGCAUUAUCUUGUGGUGCUCAGUGAGUGGGAUGGAAUGCACGACUUGUGGAUGGAGAUUCUGGACUUGAUGGACCGCCUGAUGAACAGCGGUCAAGGCGACACGCUGGUGAGUUCUUCCAAAUAUGUUGUACAUGCAUCUGUGACUGACAACUACGAUUAUAGNGCGGAAGCUGUGUCAGAGUCUCUCAAAAACAUACUACUCGUCAUGUCCAGUGGUGGCUACCUGAAGCGCCCAAGCGAGGGUGGUGAUCAAUCAGAGCAGCAAGAACGACUGUGGAACGACACGUCGAGCAGGCUACAUAAGUUCCUCCCGAACUUGAUGCCAGAACUGUUCCCGGAGCCGGAGGCAAAGCCAGAGAAAGAGAAGGAUGUGGAAGUAAUAUCUGACAAGGUUGAGGCAAGUGCGCCUGUUGCCGAAGAGAAGGCCCCAGAAGUUGCGUAG